UACUCGUAUCCUGCUAGCUUGCUGCCGCCAUAUUGAUUUGGCUUGGCGCUUUCUUGAUGAUAUUAUUCUUGUGAUGUUUAAUUUCACAUAGUUUGUGAUUUUUACUGCGCGCUGAACAUAUUUUUGUUGUGAAAAAAUAUAAACAAAAUCAAAAUGGACCCGGCAAAGAUGAAAGUAGUAGAUCUGAGAUCAGAGCUUGGUGCUCUCGGCUUGGAUACGAAGGGUAACAAGCCGGCUUUGGUCGAAAGAUUGAAGAAAGCUCUUGAAGCUAAAACUGGAAGAGUACUAGCAGAUACAUCUAUACUGGACACAACAACAGAGGAUGUUGAUGAUGUAGCCACUCCUCGGCGACCGGGCCCUGCGCCCAGGACUACAAGGAGAUCGUCAUCGUCGCGCCUAGUCUCUACACCUUCAAAGCAAGCCCCACGUGACGAUCAUCCCGAGUUGAUAGAAGAGGACGUCAAAGAAGAGGACUCGGACGAGCCGCUGCAGCCGGCGCCUGUGUCCGCGCCUGCGCCCGUGCCCGCGCCCGUGCCCGCGCCGGUAGCGGCGCCGCACUCGCAGCCGCCGCCGUCGCAGCCCGACACGCCGCGCAAGCCCGCUCAAUCUGACGUGUACGUCCUAGAUGAUGAUGAUAAUGGAUCUCCUGUACAAGUCAAGGAAGAUGUAGAUGAUUGUGAAGUUAUGCAAAAUGAUGAAAAACCAGAGAAGGACGAUAAAGAAUCUUCACCAAAGCCUAAAGAUGAGAAGAUGGACCACGACGGUGAAAAUGAAGAGGAAGGUGAAGGUGACGAGAGCAAGAAACAAGAUCAGCAGAAAGAGCGGGAGUUGACUGAGGAAGAAGAGUGGGAACAAUUGAAUGAACGUCUUAAGAUUAGAGAACAAGAGCGUAUUGAACGAGAGAAGAAGCAAGCGGAGGAAGAUGCUAAGCGGCUGGAAGAGCUCAGCAAUGAUCCAAUAAAGUUGCAACGUCUGAAGCGCAAACAAGAGAAGAAGGCCCGUUGGAGCAACUUCUACAAAACUGUUGAGGUCACCAAUGAAGUGCUGACUCCUCCUACUGAGGUCAAUUUGCUUAAAGGAAAGAAAGACAUUCCAGAACCUAAAUUAGAAGAACCAGAGUUAAAUGAUGAAAAAGUAACCCUUUCAUGGUACGACAGUGAUCUGAACCAGUACCUGGAGCUGCCGGAGCUGAACAGCGUGGUGCCGCUCAGCGACGGCGUGUUUGCGCAUGCCUGGGCCGGCAGUCGGGCCACGCACGGGGUCUCUAACGGACGCGUCUGCUAUGAGGUGAGAGUUGGAGCUGUGGUGACUACAACUGAGAGCAGUGAAAAGGAACCGAUUGGCUCCGGUCUCAGGAUGGGCUGGUCUACUGUUGACUCUACACUGCAUCUUGGCGAGGGUGAGCUGAGCUGGGGUUACGAGAGCACCGGCCGCGCUGUGCACAACGGCGAAUUCAAGGAAUAUGGGAAGCAACUCGGUGAAAAGGAUGUCGUCGGCGUCUAUCUGGACCUUGAGUCUCACCCAUGCAAGAUCUCAUUCACCGUGAACGGCGUCGAACAAGGAACAGCGUUCGAGUUCGACAAGUCGGUUUUGGAUGAUAAGCCGUUGUUCCCGCACAUUAUCACCAAAAACCUGUGUUACAGGGUCAACUUUGGUUAUGACAAAUACAAUAUGUUGACGAAAACCAAGAUAGUCCGUAAGCGUAUUGAAAUCCCCGUGGAACAAGUGCUUGAAGAGAAGAAGGCACUUGAAGAGGAAAUCAAGCGGCAGAAGGAAGAAGCAAUCAGGAGGGUGAGGGAACGGCGGGAAAAAGAAAAAAAAGAGAGGGAGGAAAGACAGCGGAAAAAGAGAGAGGAGAGAGAAAGGUUGGAACGGGAAAGGAAAGAAAAGGAGAGGAAGGACAAGGGAGAAGAUGUAGAAGAAUCUGAGAAAGAUAAGGAAAAAGAAGAUACGGAGCAGUCUACUGACGUUGUUGUCAAUCAGGACGAACCAAAGGAAAAUGGUGAUAAAACUGACGACAGUCAGCCUCCAGUGGAGGUGAAGGAGGAGCCAAUGGAGACUGACCAAACUGAGGAACCAAAACCGGCUGAAACCGCUGAGCAGCCAGAAGUGAAGGGGGAGGCAGUUGAAGGUGAAGUUGCAGAGGUGACUGAAGAGCAGGUGCUCAAAGGUCACGUCUUGGACAAGAGAAUCAAAUUUGUCAUUCGGCACACGGCGGAGGAGCAGCUGGAGGGCGCGGAGGCGUGCCUGGUGCCCGGACACGUGCUGCUCGCGCUGCACACCGCGCCGCAGCCCGGCCCGCGCCGCCCCGCCGCGCGUGCCCACUGCGAGGUGAUCCUAAUGGUGGGCAUGCCGGGCUCGGGCAAGACCCACUGGGCUAAGCAACACGCGGCCGAGAACCCAGAUCGCCGCUACAACAUCGUCUCAACCGGCGCGCUCUUCGAUCGCAUGAAGGUGGACUGUAAACCAUUCCGAUCCAGCUACGAGGGAAGGUGGGACGCGAUGAUCUCCAAGUGCGCUAAAUGCGUGCUAAAGUUGUUGGAAAUCGCGAAGUCACGAAGGAGGAAUUAUAUCCUCGAUCAGACGAAUGUAUACCCGUCGGCUCAGAGGCGCAAAAUGAAGGAGUUCGACGGUUACCGGCGGAUCGCCGUCGUCAUAGUGACCGACGAGGAGACGUAUCGCGAGCGCCAGAAGCGGCGCGAGGAGGCCGACGGGAAGGAAGUGCCCGACGGGGCCAUCGUGGACAUGAAAGCCAACUUCACGCUCCCCGAGAAGUGCUCGUGGGUAGACGAGGUGGUGUACCCCGAGCUCGGCGAGGAGGAGGCCAAGAAGGCGGUGGAGGCGUUCCACAAGGAGGCGCGCGCCGCCGGCGUCACCAAGGAGAAGGACAAGCGCGAGCGCUCCGCCAGCCGCGACGCGCCGCCCGCCAAGCGGCCGCGCUCCGCCGACCGCCGCCACCGCGACGACCGCCGCCCCAGGGACUUCGCGCGCGACCGCGAGGACCGUUGGGGCGGAGGUGGUGGUGGCAGUCGCUGGGGCCCCGCGAACCGUGGAGGCGGCGGUGGCGGCCGCUGGGGCCGUGACCGCGGGGGACCCGGCGCCGGCGGACCGCCCGGCCGGUUCGACCGCUGGGGACCGCCACCGCCUAAUAGAGGCGGCAACGACUUCGGCCGCGACCGCGACGGAUUUCGGGGCGGUCGCGGCGGCGGCGGCGCGGGCAGCAUGGGCGGCGGGCGCGGCGCGGGCGGGGGAGGCCCGGGUGCGCGUGGCCCUCCGCAGGCGCCGCCCGACCGCUUCCGCGGCGAGCGCGGCCCGCGCCCGCACCACGACAAGCGGCCGCCCGCCGCGCCCGGCGCACCCGCCGCACCCGGCGCACCCGCCGCACCGGCGCCGCACGGCGGCGGAGGCGCCGGGUCAUGGCAGCGUGGCGGCGGCGGCGGCGGCGGCGGCGGCAUGGGCGGCGGGCCCGGCGGACCCGGCGGACCCGGCGGCCCCGGCGGCGCAGCUCGCGGCGCCGUGCAGCCGCGCAACGCACAGCCCCCUGCCAGGAAUGCGCAGUCCGCUAAGGAUGGACAAAAUCAGAACCAGAACCAAAAUCAAAACCAGCAGAACGCGCAGGGUUGGAAUCAAUGGGCAAGCGGAUGGGGAGGCUGGGGUAACUGGGGUAACCAAAACCAAGGCUGGGGUAAUUGGGGCAAUUGGGGUAACUGGGGCAACCAGCAGAACCCUGGCAACAACUCGAACAGCGGGCAAGGCGGUCAGGGCGGCGCGAACAAGAAUCAGGCGCAGCAAGGCCAACAGCAGCAGCAGCAGCAGUGGCCCGCCAACUACACCGCACAGCAGUGGUACCAGUGGCAGCAGUGGCAACAACAGCAACAGGGCUGGCAAGGGUAUCAACAACAGGGAGCCCAGCAGCAAGGCAACACUCCAGAUGCACAAGCGUGGGCUCAGUAUUAUCAGAACUACGGCGGCGCAAACGCUGCGGUUGGUAAUGCGCAAGGCGGGGGAGAUAAGAAGUAAACCCACCAUUCACCACCCUCAUGUGACGAUUGAAUGUUUCGCGGACAUUGGUUCCAAUGCAGUUAGAAUGAACAUAUUUUUAUAUAGUAAUAAGUUUUUAAAACUAUUAAGAAAACCCGAUAAAACGAUCAUUUGAUUAUAUCAUAAAGUCCAAAAUGCAAAUUUGUUGUAUACCAUAUUUGGUAGCAGUUAAUGAUUAUUUUUAUUUUUAACAUCGUAGUCCUCAAGAAUGGUAA